UAUGCUGGCACUGGACUCGCGCAUGCGCGGAGAGUAAACAGCCGCUGAUCACGACAUUACCUGGGAUUUUCAUAUGGUAGUUGGUGGGAUAUUAUCAUGGCGGCGUCAGGAUGUGUGCGACCAUGCUUCAUCGUAUUCAAUUUGCUGUUUUGGCUGAUGGGACUUUUCCUCGUGGGCUUCAUGGCCUGGACAAUGGCCACCAACCCGGCUCUCAUCACCGGCUUCAUCUCCGGCUCUAGGUAUUUUACCUACUCCAUAUUGGGUGCAGGCGUACUCAUCGUCUUGGCAGGUCUGUUUGGGUGCAUUGGCGGGCUGAAGGAAGGGACAUGUCUCUUGAAGACGUUUAUCGCCUUCACCAUCAUCAUCUUGCUGAUAGAGAUCGGCGGUGCUGUGACGGCUUACAUGAUGCAGGGUGAGUUACAAGUGUAUCGGGAUUCCGGAUGGACUGACUUCAACACAGAUACCAAGAACUUCCUGCAGACGGAGUUGAAGUGCUGCGGGUUCAACAGCGCCUCGGAGUACGGCUCCACCGUGGCCGACUACCCCGACAGCUGCUUCUCAGACCCGUCAUCCAAAACUGGGGCCAGUCAACACAAUGCUGUUUGUUGGACUAAGAUCAACGAAUGGCUGGACAGCAACAUGGCGAUAUGGGCGGGCACACUAGGGGGCGUGGCGCUUGUCCAGAUCGUGAGCCUCAUCCUCGCUAUAGUGAUGCUGUCCAAGGUGAAGAAAUCCCGCAAGGUGUCGUCCACAUCUUCCAAUGGCCAGGCAUGGGAUGGACGACACGCCGCGCGCAGGGGUGGUGGUCGGCGGUAUUAGGCUGCAUGUGCCUGACGGAGGAACAAAACAGUUGUCUUUAUGUUAAAGUUACCUCGAGCGAAAUAAGGGUGGGGGUAAAGGUCAGAUAUUUAGGAUAGUUGCAUCACUUAGGUCUAUUUCAGGAACCAUAAGGGGCGA